CGCCGCCGCCUCCUCCUCCCCCGCCCCCCUCCUUUCCUCCUUUUCCUCCUGGAGCAACCAACAUUCCGAUAAACCCCGACGACGAAGUAUCCACGCCCGAUGCGUUCAUCCCCGUGCACUACUCCAAUGAUCGCGUCAUGGAUAUCAGCCGUGUGAUUCGCAUUACAACAUCUAGACGUAAUGUCUUCAUGACUCUUCACCGUGCCAAAGCCACAGACCUUAGAGGGUUCAGAUGGCUGAUCCAGUACGGCAGCACGGAGUUCUGGUACGAGAAGCCAACUCGUGCUCUUUUGAAGCACUUCCAUUCGCUGGAAGCGUCUGGUUGCGAGACUCAAGACCUACUCCCGCUAUUCAACGCUCGACCGAUUGGCCUUGAGACACCACGGGUGUGGGCAUCCGCUGCACUUACGACCCCAACUGAUGAUGACGUGGAGACUUGCACAGCUGGACAUGCAGCUGAUGCUAGAAUCUCUGAGUCAUGCCAACAGUGCGUGAAUGACAGGGCUGAAGCAUUGGACAACACGUCACUUGUGUAUUGCCUAGUACUUUCUACCUGCCAGGCUAGCGACCCAUACGUCCACGGUGCCCACUUCAACGGCAGGCAAAUCUACAAGCUCGUCAAGUGUGGUAGCCGUGAAGCUGCCGUUGCGGAAGCUUUCUACGCAGCUGGAGUCAACGGGUGGAGUGUUGUGUUCAGCUGUGUGAUGAGAUUUGGCGAAGAUGUCUUCUCUACGACUGGGACUACGGAGAAAGUGGACGAAUUAUGGACACUAACAAAGGACAACGAGAUUGGUGUUGCGGAUGGAUCUGUCCGGAUUUUCUACUAACAAAAACGCAAAAACAGCAUAAAAAACACAAUGAGCUUUUGCUACUGGCUUCAUCGGGCGGCAUCUUUUCAACUCUUCGGCACAGUACUUCCGCCUUCCCGCUUCCAGUGAAUACAACGGCAGUCGGGUUCUGCGAUAUCACAUCGCGGGCACCUCAAUUACUGUGGAACUCGGUCUGUACGAUAUUCGCUUCAACCUGCAUCCGCCAUGCUCUGCGUGCAGUCUGACGAAAACG